AUGAAUAUUUUUGGCGAGUGUUCAAAUUGCAAAUGUGCGGGCAUUCUCCGGAAGUGCAAGGGUAAAGUCAUCCUGGUAGUAAGAGAAAGACCUAAAGCUGAUUUUUCGGCGACUAAAAUUUUUGCCAAACAUGGGUUUUCAACCAAACGCCAAUUUGUUAAUUAUAUGAUUAUUGGUACAAUCUUUUGGAAUCUUGUUGUUGUGACGACGAACUAUAUUGGGCUGAAGAAACUCACUGCUCAUAUCACAUACAAAAGCUCCUACUGCAAUCGGGAAUACAAAUCCUGCGUUAGAACAAAUCGAUUUGAUGAUUGUACGAAGUCUCUGGACCACUGUAUUGGCUAUCAACAAUUCAUCUAUCCGAAUGCGACUUGGUCUGUAGAAAAUUCAACAUCUAAUACUGCUAGUUCUGAAACAGACAAGGUAGACUUAGUUGAAUAUGAUGAUAAGCAGCAAGAAAUCAACCUGAAAAACUGCAAGAGAUUCCGAAAUAGUCAAGGUGUUUAG